GUGACUGGAGGUGCAGCAGUUUGUAUACAGGGAGAAGAGCCAGGGGGAGAGUACACAGCCCUGAGGAGUACCAGUGUUUGUGGUUCGACUGUCCGAGACAAUCUUCCCCAGCCGUACGUGCUGUCUUCGGUCUGUCAGGAAGUCAUUAAUCCAACUGCAGAGGGAGUCAGGCUCGCUGAGCUGGUAGAGCUUGUCUCGUAGCAGUCCAGGGAGGAUGGUGUUGAAGGCAGAGCUGAAGUCCACAAACAGGAUCCUAGCGUAGGUUCCUGGGGAGUCCAGAUGCUCCAGGAUGAAGUGGAGGGCCAGGUUCACUGCAUCAUCCACAGACCUGUUGGCUCUGUAGGCGAACUGCAGUGGGUCCAGGAGGGGGGCGGUGAUGUCCUUGAGGUGGGGCAGGACCAAGCGCUCAAUGGACUUCAUGACCACAUACAUCAGGCAGAGUAAGGAAUAAUCUCUUAACAUCGAAAAAACGUUCAUAUGCCUUCACCAGCACCUGCAUUAAACAUGCAGAGAGUUACACAAGGAACGGCAGUCCCUCCUCGACUCCCUCCACCCCCCGCACCAGCCCUCAACAUGUGGCAGACAGAGGAGCCUGGAUCCAGCCUGGCCUACAGGCCAACAUGGCGAGGGGGAAGAAUGGCCGACAACAUUUCCUGCUCUGCGGCUGAGGUCCAGAUCCUUAGCUUGCUGGAAACUAUUAAACACACCCAAGACCAGCUGAUGGCGAAGGUCAACUUCUUAACCAGCAGGUUGACCAUUACCCCGGGGCCAGAAGUUGAAAUGCCGGCCAAUAUCCAGUUUCCACUGGAACAGUUGGAGGCAUUUGAGGCAUUUUUGAAUGAACCAUCAAAUGGCCCAGCUCGACAAAGAGUGAUUUCUUCUUUGGCCACCAUUGGAGGCCAGGAUGUGAAGCGGGUGACCUGGAACAUCCUGGGCAGGAUCUUCACAGAUGACGUUUCACAUCAGAUCAAUUGGAAGGGUGUCAACAACAAACAGGCCUUUAGCAGGAUGGCAACAAAGACCUUGCUUUUCAGUGCUGUGAGAAAAAAUGUGGUGACAAGGUCAGCCACGGACGCUGAGGUCACCAAACACGCUAUCAGGUGGUUCAACCUGGCGGCGGAUCGGGCAGCGAGGAGACGAGUCCCGCCUCCACCUCCACAGACAGAUCAGGAGGAAUAG